GUAGUUUGACCUAUUGCACAAACUCAAACUCCAACAACCUCGUUUGUCGCACCUUUUUUUUCUUCACCAAAAUUCAAAAAUUUUCAGAAUCACUAAUAAAAUUUUCAAAAAAAUUCAGAAUCUCCAAUUUCAAUUUCAUUAUCCAUUUAAUUUAUCAUCUAGGGUUUUAUUUAUUUUUCAUCAACAAAAAACAAAAACAAAAAUUAUUUACCCUUUUUCUUCAAUUGAGGGUUUUAGUUUGAAAUUCAAUGGGUCGUUCUCGUGGGAAUUUUCAUCAUGCUGAUGAAGAUCCCAGCCAAAGAUCAAGGAGAAAGAAGAAUGCUUCCAGUGGAGAUAAUUCGGAAUCCGGUGCUGCGGGUCAAGGAGCAAGUGAAGGAAAAAGGGCUUUGUAUCAUUGCAAUUACUGUAAUAAAGAUAUUACAGGAAAGAUUCGUAUUAAGUGUGCUGUGUGCCCAGAUUUUGAUUUAUGCAUAGAAUGCUUUUCUGUUGGAGCUGAAGUGACACCUCACAAAAGCAAUCACCCUUAUAGGGUUAUGGACAAUCUGUCUUUCCCUCUUAUUUGCCCUGACUGGAAUGCAGAUGACGAAAUCUUGCUUCUAGAGGGAAUUGAAAUGUAUGGUAUGGGAAACUGGGCAGAAGUCGCUGAGCAUGUUGGAACAAAGAACAAAGAAGCAUGCAUUGAACACUAUAAGAACGUGUACCUAAACUCUCCGUACUUCCCUCUUCCGGACAUGUCUCAUGUUGUUGGGAAAAACAAAAAAGAACUACUUGCCAUGGCGAAAGAGCAGGGUGACGACAAGAAAGGACUUCCGAUGGGGGAUCUUAGUAUUAAGGAAGAAUCAACCUUUUCUACAUCUAGAGUCAAACUGGAAGAUUCCCAUAAACCUGGUUCCACUAGCCGUCUGGCUUCCAAUUUGAAUCCAGAGUUAGAUUCUGGGCACUCAGUCAGCACACAGGCUUCAGCUACUGUUAACCAGAGGGCAUCUAACAAAGGCCGAGGAAAGGGUGGUCCUGGAAUCGUUAAAAUUGAAGAAUCUCCAGAUUUUGGAGGAAAUAAACCAAAUUCCUCAGGAAAUGGCGGCCCUUCUUUGGUUGAAGCCAGUGGUUAUAAUUCGAAAAGACAGGAAUUCGAUCCUGAAUAUGAUAAUGAUGCUGAACAACUGCUAGCUGAAAUGGAGUUUAAGGACACUGACACAGAGGACGAGCGGGAGAUCAAACUCCGCGUGUUGCGUAUCUAUUACAAAAGGCUCGAUGAAAGAAAGCGCAGGAAGGAAUUCAUACUUGAAAGAAAUUUGCUAUAUCCAAAUCCAAUUGAGAAGGAUUUUACACCUGAGGAAAAGGCAAUAUGUCGGACAUAUGACAAAUUCAUGCGCUUUCAUUCUAAGGAAGAGCACGAUGAAUUGCUUACAACUGUUAUCACUGAACACAGAACUCUUAAAAGAAUUCAAGAGCUUAAGGAAGCCCGGGCUGCUGGUUGCCGCACUACUGCCGAAGCAGAUAGAUAUCUGGCACAUAAGAGAAGAAAGGAAGCUGACGAAACUGCUCGUAGGGCAAGAGAAAAUGCUCACGGCAUCCCAAAUAAUCACGGGGUUCCAAAUGCAUUAAUGUCUCCAGACUCUGCUGGUACAAGACCUGUCAAUGAAAUGGAUCCAGCAGGAUUCUAUGGAGCAGAUUUACUUUCUGAACCUGAGAAACGUUUGUGCUGCGAACUAAAGUUGCCUCCGGCCGUGUAUCUAAAGAUGCAACAGCAUCUGUCCAUGCAAAUGAUUGCCGGCAACGUCACUUCGAAAUCCGAUGCUCAUCCAAUGUUCAAUAUGGAGGCCAUGAAAGUUGACAGGGUGUAUGAUAUGCUCAUUAAGAAGGGAAUUGGUUCACCCUGAGAACUUUUUUGUGAUGUAUUUUUCUGUUCAAGAAUUCCAUAAUAAUCAAAAUAAAAUUAAGCUGUAUGUCAAAUUAUCAUCAUUUCUUGAAAAUUUUAAAUGAUGUAUACGUGAUGUAUCAAGCUUUAGUAAUAAGAUAGAGUUAGAGUUUUAAGUUGUGUGUACCAGAAUUUCAUUUCAUAGGGAAAUUAAAGACUAUCUUUUUAUGAGGGAAAAAUGAUAUAUUGCUA